GCUCCCGCAUCCUAGAGAGGAAAGACGUGAGGCUUGGGCGCCUCGGCCGACGUGCUGACGCACUUCCGUUCACGCCGCACUUUCUGUUCUUCCUGAGCCCGUGCCCUUCCCUGAGGGGGAGCCCAGGUGAUGGCAGCCAUAGCCCUGAAAAACCAGCACCAGGAGGUGGUGACCUUUGAGGAUGUGGCUGUGUACUUCACCCGGACAGAAUGGGCUGGUCUUUCUCCUGUACAGAGGGCCCUGUACAGAAGUGUGAUGCUGGAGAAUUAUGGAAACUUGACUACCCUGGGUUACUCGGUUCCCAAACCUGCCCUCAUCUCACUUCUGGAGGAAGGGGAUUUAUCUUGGGGCCUGGUGGUGCAGGAUGAUCCCCCUGCAGAGAAGACCAAAGAUGUCUGUAAAGAUACUGAGACCACCACUGACAAUGAGUCCACACCAACACAAAGAAUAUCCAAAGAAAGAAACAUAGUGAUGUCAUAUGGGCUGCCGAAGAGUGUCUCUCAGAGAACCAACUUCCCAGAAACAUAUGAAAUGAAGAAGCACCGGGAAAUCUCCAUGGUGAAAAAUUUUAAAGGAAAGGUUUCAAGAAUUCACUAUGCAAGGAAACCCUUCAGAUGUGAGGAGUGUGGGAAAUGCUUUACCUAUUUUUCUUACUACGUUAGACACCAGAGAAUUCACACUGGGGAGAAACCCUUUGAGUGUAGUGAGUGUGGAAAAGCCUUUAAUGGCAAUUCUUCAUUAAUCCGACAUCAGAGGAUCCACACUGGAGAGAAACCGUAUCAGUGCGAGGAGUGUGGGAGAGCCUUUAAUGACAAUGCAAAUCUGAUCAGGCAUCAGAGAAUCCACAGUGGGGACAGACCCUAUCACUGUAUGGAUUGUGGAAAUAGUUUCACCAGUAGUUCCGAGUUUGUUAUACACCAGAGAAUACACACUGGGGAGAAACCCUAUGAGUGUAAUGAGUGUGGAAAAGCUUUUGUUGGUAAUUCACCACUGAUUCGCCAUCAGAAAAUCCACACUGGAGAGAAACCCUAUGAGUGUAAUGAGUGUGGCAAAAGUUUUGGAAGGACUUCCCAUCUUAGCCAACAUCAGCGCAUUCACACAGGGGAAAAGCCUUAUUCUUGUAAAGUAUGCGGACAAGCCUUCAAUUUUUAUACAAAAUUAACUCGGCACCAGAGGAUUCACAGUGAGAAGAAACCCUUUGACUGUGUAGAUUGUGGAAAAGCCUUCAGUGCUCAGGAACAGUUGAAAAGGCAUCUGAGAAUUCAUACUCAGGAAUCUUCCUAUCCAUGUGAUGAGUGUGGAAAAGUCUUCACUGGCAAAAGAAAUCUUCUUCAGCAUCAAAGAAUCCAUACUGGAAAGAAACCCUAUGAGUGUAACAAGUAUGGAAAAACCUUUAGGACUUCUUCCCAGCCAGGUCAUUGUGAGCAUGUCUGCUCUGGAGAGAAGCCUGUGUUGGACAUUUGUCAUUUUGGCCUCCCAGAAUUUUUUACCCCCUUUUACUGGUAGCAGUGCAUGCACUUUCCUUUUGGAUUCCAUUUUCCAUUCGGGAGUGGAAUGUGUGACACAGGCCUGGCUCAGCUGCACAUUCCUUUCCUCAAGACGCAGUUACUGGUUCAGAUGUCAGUAGGUGGUCCACGAUGGUCAAGUGAGAGUGUAUUAUUCCGUUUGUGUUCCUAUAACAGAAAUACCUAAGACUGGGUAAUUUAUAAAGAACAGAAGUUUAUUUGGCUU